AUGAGCGGCCCAAAGUCGAUAAGCUUAUCCGGAGAAUUAACAACGGGAAGCUAUUGCAGCAACAGCGACAGUGACAGCAGUCAUCAGUCGAGUGGAGGUGGUGGUACGCGAUGUGUGCAAGGCAAUCAAACUGGUAUGGAUGAAAAGCUAAGCGUGGACCUGUCCAGUGUUCGAGGAUCAUUGCAAUCAUCCUCGUGUGAAUCCGAGGCUUCCUCGAAUGAGGCAGAAGUUCUUUUCCCGUUCGUCUGCCAAAGUCCUUUCGUGAACGAGUUUGAAGAGCUGUCAGCAAUUGGCAAAGGUGGCUUCGGUCAAGUUACACUCGCCGAGAAUCGCUUGGAUGGACGAAGGUAUGCGAUCAAACGGGUUGGUCUUAACUUGAAGAACCAGACGUCGAAGACUUUGCAGAAGUUUUUUGCACACGAGCUCAGUUGGUGGACUCGCUGCCGCGGCAAAUUACUCAACAAUAAUCUUCUCGCACCGAUCUCAGAGCUUGAUUUUCCAGGAGACCGACGCGACCUCGAGAGCUUCUACAGCAAUGGAAGCGUGAUCAGUGACAAUGCCGAUGAUGGUGGGUUUGUCUGGGAACGUGAGACGUCUAGUACGGAAGGUGAGGAUGGCUGGAAGGAAGAAGAUCUGGUCGUGCAAAACAAGCCACGCAUGAGCCACCUGCCUCCCCGUGUGUCUUCGUCUUGCGCACCGGCUGCUCAUGGUAGCGACGAGGACUCUUCAUGUAACGCAGCAGAAAAAUGUGAUCACUGGCUGUACAUUCAGAUGCAGUACUGUGCUGGCCGCAACUUGGCGGACUAUCUGGCUGUUCCGACUCGGCCAAUGGAACUGUCGAGAAUGCUCAAGAUUUUUGUGCAGAUUGCAAGUGCACUGAUGCACGUACAUUCUUGUGGACUGAUUCAUCGUGAUUUGAAGCCAGCAAAUAUUUUCGUUGCUGACGUAGAGAGAGACGAGAUUAAGUUGGGGGAUUUUGGCUUAUCGCGCUACGCUGCGAAUGCAAGCAGCCUGAAUGCCUCGACAAGUCUUGAUGAUCCCCAACAAGGAUGUCUUUCCAAUGGUGUGCGGGACACUCCUCUAUCUGUGUCGGUGUGGUCGAACAUGUCGGAGAGUACUGAGGUGACUGCGGGUGUUGGCACGUAUCUUUAUGCAAGCCCGGAACAAGUCGCAGGGAAGAAGUACAACGCCAAGACGGACAUGUACUCGCUGGGAAUGAUCCUUUUUGAGCUGUGCCACGACCGCUUUGGCACGACAAUGGAGCGAUACAUUACUCUCCGUGAUGCCCGAGACAGUAAGUUCCCUGCUGAUCUCCGCGCGACAAAGAGAUGUCCUGAAAUCUUAGACAUGCUCAGCAAGUUAUUAAGCCACGACCCGACGGCACGGCCAACAGCUAAUGAAGUUGUGCAGUGGGGACAGAUGAUGUAUGAAACGAGCCUUGCUCAGAAAGCUAUGGAUGUUGUGCGGUCGCCGCGCAACCUAGGCAUGAUUCGAGCUGCAGCUGGUGCAAGCUUUUUUGUGCCGGGUAUUGAUCACUUCAUGGUUGGCAUCGGCGAAACAGUGGUUACGACCACGUUUUGUCUGAAGGUGGAGGCUGCAAUGGAACAUUGCAGUGGUGAAGACGGUGGCGAGCGUCGUUUGCCAAACCAUAAUUUAUUGAAGCAAAUAUGCGAUGUGAUUGCCGGAGUUCACGAUGGGAAGGUUGAGAUCAAGAAGUGUGGAUUGCAUAUGGAGAAUGAGGGCGUGACGAUUCUCGCGUUUGAGUUGGACCCACAGAGUGCUCUUGCCGUUGCGCCUGGCAGUGACGUGGAAGGCUCCGUGGUUUUGGCGAUCGAAGCCCUCGCUGGAGUACAAACGGUGCAUCGUGUGAGCAAGAUUGAUUGA